UUUUUUAUAUAAUUAAUUGCAAAGGAAAAAUGGUAUUGAUAGCUGCAGCCGUGUGUACUAAAAAUGGCAAAGUAAUUAUUUCACGACAAUUUGUGGAAAUGACCAAAGCACGUAUCGAAGGUUUAUUAGCUGCUUUUCCUAAGCUAAUGACUGCCGGUAAACAACAUACGUACGUGGAGACAGACUCGGUACGUUAUGUGUAUCAACCAUUGGAAAAAUUGUAUAUGCUUUUAAUAACAACAAAAGCCAGUAAUAUUUUGGAAGAUCUGGAGACAUUACGUUUAUUUUCUAAAGUGAUACCAGAAUAUUGCCACAGUUUAGAAGAAAAAGAAAUAUUGGACAAUGCUUUCAAUUUAAUCUUUGCGUUUGACGAGAUCGUUGCUUUGGGUUACAGAGAAAGUGUAAAUUUAGCUCAAAUUAAAACAUUCGUAGAGAUGGAUUCUCAUGAAGAAAAGGUUUAUCAGGCGGUGCGUCAAACGCAGGAGCGAGAAGCUAGACAGAAAAUGCGCGAGAAAGCUAAAGAAUUACAGAGACAAAGGAUGGAGAGCGCGAAACGGGGUACUUCCGCUGGUAUGGGGCGGUCAAGUGGUGGUUUCAGUUCUGAUGGUUUUGGUUCCAGCGGUGGCAGUAUGAGUGGUAUAAAUACACCUUCAAUUGAAAUCGACAAUAAGCCGAUUUUACCAAAACCACAAAAACCAAUUUCCCGUAACGCCUUAAAAUUGGGUGGGAAGUCGAAGGAUGUGGACAGUUUUGUAGAUCAAUUAAAAAGCGAAGGAGAGAAAAUUGUUAAUUUAACUCCAACACCAGCUAGUAGCAAUCAAGCAGUGGCCAACGCUAAAGCAAAAAUUAUUUCUGAUAUACAUACCGAAAGUAUUCAUUUGAAAUUGGAGGAUAAAUUAGUUGUACGUAUUGGCCGUGAUGGAGGUUUACAACAAUUCGAGCUAUCUGGUCUUCUCACGUUACGCAUUACCGAUGAAAAUCUCGGGCGUAUUAAGGUGCAACUACAAAAUGAUGACACCCAUGGUAUUCAAUUACAAACCCACCCUAAUGUGGAUAAGGAAUUAUUUAAAACUCGUUCUAUAAUUGGUUUGAAAAAUCCCACUAAACCAUUCCCUUUGAACACGGAUGUAGGCGUAUUGAAAUGGCGCUUCGUUAGCCAAGAUGAUUCGGCCAUUCCCCUGACAAUUAAUUGCUGGCCUUCGGAAAAUGGUGAAGGAGGUUGCGAUGUCAGUAUAGAGUAUGAUUUGGAAGCUCAACAUUUAGAAUUACAAGAUGUGACCAUCGUCAUACCUUUACCCGUAAACGUUCAACCGAAUGUAGUCGAAUACGACGGCACUUAUAAUUAUGAUUCUCGCAAACACAUACUUCAAUGGAAUAUACCGGUUAUUGAUGCAGCCAAUAAAAUGGGUUCAAUGGAAUUUAGUUGCAGUUCGUCCAUACACGGCGAUUUCUUCCCAGUUCAGGCAACUUUUGUUUCUAAGACCCCUUACGUGGCUUUAAAAGCUAAGGAUGUGACUUUAGUGGACGAUGACAGUUCUGUGAAAUUCUCAACAGAAACUCUACUGUUCGUCGACAAAUAUGAAAUUGUUUAAACUUUUUGCGGAUGAUUACUAAAAAAUAUUUUUAAAUGCAUUAAAUACUUCAUUUAAGAUUCUUACAUAGAUAUGCACAACUUAAUAAAUAUUAUGUUAGUAAGUUGUGCUUAAAUUGAAAAUGAAUUUUGAAAACUGGAAAUUUGGAAAGAUUUGAUUAUGUUGUUUGAAGAGAAUUUCAUAAAUAAAACUUAUUUUAGAACUUUAACAGAAAACUGAAA